AUGUGUCUACUUGCUGCAAGUGCAGCCUGUUGUGCAGGCCAAUGUUGUUGAAACUGUUUAUGAGGAGCCUUUAAGGCUUGAGGAGUGAAAGCUAAAGUAUUCUCAAGAAUCGGAUAUGUGGUUUUUCAGCUCUUUUGGAUACUUGUUUCAUUCGCUCUGCUGUUUACUGCAAAACCAAUAUUUUCAAGCUGGAUUUCAUUUAUUGGAUGCCCUUCUGAUAAUCAAGCAUGAUUUGGGAUGUCUGCAGUCUUCAGAAUGAGUUUUAUUUUGCUGCUAUUUCAUGUACUUGUGUUCUUGAUAUGACUCACUAGAACUCAGAUCGCUGCAGUAUUUCAUGAUGGAUGGUGGCUAUUCAAGUGGUUAUUAGUCUUUGGCUCAUUUAUAGCAUCAUUCUACAUCCCUAAUCCAUUCUUUGAAGGAUAUGUGCAUUUUGCUAGAGGUGCAAGUGUAUUCUUCUUGAUCUAUCAAGGAAUAUGAAUUCUGAAUCUUUCCUAUGUUAUUAAUAAUGCAAUCGUUAGUAAUUGGGCAGAAUCUGAGGGAUCUUGAGCAGGGAUCUUCAUGAUUGGCAUCACAGCUAUCAUUUAUGUUCUUGAUCUUGUUUUCUUAAUCUUCCAAUUUAUUUGGUUCAAAGGAUGAGCUCUGAAUAUCAUAAUUCUUUGAAUCACAAUUAUAUUUGGGAUAAUUUUCACUGUUCUUGUUGCUUUGAAAACUAGAGAAGAUUCAUCAAUUUUGACAAAUGCUAUGGUAAUGGCUUAUGCAUUAUUCUUGUCGUGGAGUGCAAUGUCUUCUCACCCAAGUGAAAAUUGUAAUCCUUUUACAAAAUCUAAUGCCAAUACACUGUACCAAAUCGGUCUCGGACUUGUAUUCACAAUGAUCUCUCUAUUCUCUAUCAGUGUAAUUACAAAGAAUGAUGAAGAUGAAGGAAAACUUCCUGUAAUGAGUUCACCAUUAGUGGAGAAAGAGGAAAAUGAUGAAGAGCUUGAAGACAUUCCACAAGUUGGAACUCAAACAGUCACUGCAGAAGAAGCUCACGUAUAUCCUAUUACAAUUCCAACUAUUUUAUUCCAUGUUCUUAUGAUGUUUGCAAGUGUUUAUUAUGGAGUCUUACUUACAAAUUGGGGAGAUGCUUCAAUUAAUGAUGAGAGAACAACCUUAUUCCGUAGCAAUAAUUUUAGUUUCUGGAUAAAAGUAGUUGCGCAGUGGGGAUCAUUUGCAGUCUACACCUUCUCUUUAGUUGGUCCUCUGCUAUUCCCCAACCGGGAAUGGAGUUAA